UUCUGUGGGUGGGCAGGGUCCUGUGGAUGGGGCUGACUUUGGGGGCGGCGGCAGGCUCUCAUACCUUCCAGUGUUUCAUUGGUUGCGACGUGAGUCCAGACAAACUCUUCCUCCGUGGGCACUAUAGACAUGCCUAUGAUGGCCGUGAUUACAUCAGCCUGAACGAAGAUCUGAGUUCUUGGAUUGUGGCAGACAAGACAGCUCAGAUCACCCAGCGACAGUGGGAGACAAAACACCUAACAGAGAACUGGAAGAUCUUCUUGGAGGGUCGGUGCGUUGCAUCCCUACUCAGGCACCUGGAGUUUGGGAAGGAGAUUCUGCAGCGCUCAGAGCCUCCUCCUUGGUCUACAAUUAGAAUGACUGUUGGUGUGGUUCUCCUUGGAAUAGUGGUCACUGGAGCUGUGGUUGCCAUGGUGAUGAUGAGGAAGAAAAGUUCAGCAUCUCACACUGUGUCCCAGGCUGGCUUGGGAAUCACUAAGUAGAUUUGAUAGUUAAUCUUCAUUGUCAACUUGACUGGAUUUAGAAACUCUUAGGAGAUUCAAUUCUGGUCACAACUGUAAGAGUGUUUUCAGAGUUUAAUUAAGAAUGGAAGACCAAUCCUGGGGCCCAAGGAUAAAAUGAAGAACAAGAGAAAGCCAGAUGGGAGGAUCUUCCACUCUGCUUCCUGAUCUUCUGAAGUUUGAGGAAUCCCAGCCACAAGCUCCUGCUGCCAUUUACUCCAUCACACCUUAUUAAAUCAUGAAUUAGAAUAAAUCUUUUUUUCCUUUAA